ACUCCAGUCCGUGGCGUUAAUGCAACAUAUUGGAUGCCAACCGUCGUUAAACCUCACCAAAGAAGAAGAAAAUGCGCAACACAAACGUACAUUUGCUACUGCUAGACAGACUGACAGUUGGAUUUUGAAGAAAGCAUACAGACUUUGAACAAUAAAGUCUGAUUACGAAAAGUGGAUAUUGCGAGAAGAUCAUCCGUUUAGGUGGGGAACUUUACUCGAACAAACAAACCAAUCCAGGAAAUCGUGUGUUGCUGCUUGUUACGGGAAAAGAAGACGUCAUGCUGCCUUCUAAAUACGUCUGUUGGUCCUUGAUAAUAGGGAUGGUACAACUUGCCUUCAUGGUUCUUCCUGUUCAAGCUCAAGAAUGCUCCAAACCCAUAGGAAAGCCCAACAUGGUUUUGACAGAAGCCUUCAUCACCAAAGAGACAUUUGGAGAGGGAACAAUCGCAAGUUUUGAGUGUGAAAUUGGAUAUGCCCGUGCAGGAGGGUCUCGAUCAGUCACCUGUACUGCUGGCGUGUGGAGUACAGUGACACUGACAUGCACAAGAAAGUCAUGUGGCCACCCAGGAGAAGUGAUGAAUGGCAACUAUAUUCUCGAUGAAGGCAUUCUGUUCGGUGCCAGAGCUGCUGUUACCUGUGACACUGGCUAUAUGCUUGUGGGCAGCGGUGUAAGGAACUGUAUGGUUGAAGGCUGGGAUGGCAGAGUUCCUGUAUGUGAAGUGGUGAAGUGUGGAAAGCCCCCCACCAUUGUCAACGGUGGACUUGUUAUCCCACCUGAUGACGUGUACCACUAUAGAAGUGUUGUGGAAUAUAGCUGUGAGAAGGAAUUCACUCUGGUUGGAACUAAAUCCAUAGUCUGUGAAAAGGAAGGAGAAUUCCAGCCAGCUCCACCGGAGUGUAAAAUGGUUUCAUGUCCUGCUCCUGUUGUUGAGAAUGGCGUUAGGAUUGAAGGUCGUCUGCCCCCCUACAAGCACAAGUCUUUUGUGACGUAUAAGUGCAACGAUGGAUAUAAGAUGAUUGGAGAGGCCAGUCUGACAUGUGAAAUAGAAGGCUGGUCAGCUUCUAUUCCCACAUGCAAAGAUGGUGCACCUGGUCCCACUAGUCCCCCAGCGGCCAACAACCACACAUGGAAAAUAGUAGGGGGUGUUCUAGGUGGACUUGGUUUUGUUUGUGUUAUAGGAUUUAUAGUCUACAAAUAUAAAGCACGUGCCAGGUCGUCUUACUUGCCUUAGUUUCCUCUUGCUUCGUUGAUAAGGGAGUCAAAGUGAACAGGCUGCUGUGAUUUAAUACACUACCCUCCUGCUUAUGAAUGCACCAGCCCCUCCCAAACACCGGGUUCAUUUCCUUUCAAAGGAAGCUCGAUCAUGUGAUGUUUUAGAAACCUCACGAUGAAGAAUGAAUUGGUUCAUUCCAAUUUGGAAGCUUGUGCUUAAUGAGUGACCUAACCUGAUUAUUCAAUAACUAUUAAUGUUUCCAGUGUACUUCACAAAUAAAUUUCUUAUUCUGAGCCUGCUUUCUCAUUGCCAACCACCUUAGUUAAAAUGCUCAUGUAUUUUAACUAAGACAAAAUAAAUACAUAGGGGAAUGUGUUUGACGCAACGUCUUAAUAUAAGUCAUGCCACCGAAGGUCAACAUGAUUGGUUUGCUAGAGCAGGUUGCAGGUGUGUUGAAACACUCAUAUCCUGGAGCUCAAGAGCAAAGAUGGUUCAAUGUGAAUCAAUUGCUUUCACCAAGUUUAGCUCUAGUCAUUGGCCUUAGACAAGUAUUGUGAUGUGAAUUCGAAAAGCUUGGUUUUACAAGGAGACCAUGCUUGAAACACCAGAGUAUACUUUUGAGUGGGUUUAGCUCUGGCUCAUGAUCCAGCUUUGGAAUCUUUAUUUGAACUUAUAGCCUAUUUUGUAUUGUUCUACUGUAGAUAAGCCAAGGAAAGAUGUAUAUUUUUUUUUAAAGUGAAGACAUUUUGUUUUAAUAUAAAGGGGAAAUAAAUGCCUGUAAUGUUCCUAUGUCUUAUUUCCAGAGAUGAAUCAUGUUUGAGACUUUUCCCCCUGUAAACUGUUCUUGAAUGUGUUACAUUGAAUGUGUGAGAUUCAUUAUGGCAACUGGCUGAAGCAUAUUGAGCAAAUGUAUUGGAGAUCUGCUAUUCAACCACUUCUAAUUUAACAUGCACCAUACCUGACAGCUGAAUUGCUGCCUUCAGUAAAUGCAAAGUCUCUUGCAAUAAGACCACUGGGCCAUGGUGUUCUAGGAGGAAGCCUGCAGCUCUCACUAAUAUAGAAGGCUAAAAUGAAUCCGUUUAUUUGUUAGUGUUAGAUUCUUUACUUUGCCUUAUCAAUGGAAAAUGUUUCAUGGGAUCUAAUCAAGUGUUUGCUUCAUAUGAACCCAUGUUGUUAUUUAGUAGAGCACAAUGUUAGGUGAAUAUAAAAGUAGGUUUGACUUUAAUUUAUUCUGAUCAAUGUACCCUACUAAAUAAACAGAGCAGUGUUAAAUGUAAAACAGCAUGUUUUCAAAAUGGAAUGAAAAUACAUGUUCCAAAAGGUUGUUUCAUUAUAUCUAAGACGACUAUCUAACAGGAGCACUUUUAAUGAAUAAAAUGAAGUAUUAAUGUGUGUUUAAGUAUAAUGUAGCUCUCACCACUGACUCUAAAUGCUCUACUUUACAUCUGUCUAUUACCAGUUUUAUUGUCAGUGUGGAACCACUUAAGAUAGUAAGUUGUGGUCAGCCAAUUAUGAAUGUUUUUUUUCUUCACGUUUUGAUUUACCAAUCAAUUAAACAGCGCUCAUUUAAACAUG